AUUUUUCAGGAACCAAUGAGGUCAAAGGCACCGCAGCUACACUUAGAAUAUAGGUUUUACAAAUUAUUAGGUACACAUGGUGAGUAUCGAAUGAGCAUCCUCCAUGCCCGUGGCCGGAAUUUCCAUUUAAAUAAUUCACAUCCCGAUCGAUUAAUGCGACGAAUCGUGCGCAGAGGGUAUACCGGAGGUGUACUACUUCGGUCCUUGCGGGAAGUACAACGCCCUGGUGAUGGAGCUACUCGGACCAAGUCUGGAGGACCUGUUCGACCUCUGCGGUAGGAGGUUUACCCUAAAGACCGUUCUCAAAAUCGCCACGCAAAUCCUCUACAGGAUAGAGUACGUUCACAGUCGGCACUUGAUCUACCGCGAUAUCAAGCCGGAGAACUUUCUGAUAGGGCGAUGCACAACCAAACGGGAGAAGAUCAUCCACAUCAUUGAUUUCGGACUGGCCAAAGAGUACAUAGAUCUGGAGACGAACAAGCACAUACCGUAUCGGGAACACAAAAGCCUGACUGGCACGGCGCGUUACAUGAGCAUCAACACGCACCUUGGAAAAGAGCAGAGCAGACGAGACGAUCUAGAGGCGUUAGGGAACAUGCUGAUGUACUUCCUACGUGGCAGCCUGCCGUGGCAAGGGCUGAAAGCGGACACGCUGAAGGAACGGUACCAGAAGAUCGGCGACACGAAACGGAACACGCCGAUCGAGGUUCUCUGCGAUGGUCAUCCCGAGGAAAUGGCUACGUACUUGCGAUACGUGCGUAGAUUGGAUUUCUUCGAGACGCCCGACUACGAGUACCUGAGGAACCUCUUCCACGAUCUGUACGAGAAACGAGGUUUCGUCGACGACGGUGAAUUCGACUGGAGUGGCAAGACGAUGGAUGUGACAGAACCAGGGGUGGGAGGCGGGGGCGGUAAAUGGGUGGGAACCUCGAGGACAGAUACUGCGAAGCAAUCAGGAGCUGGUGGUACAUUGACACCCGCUGAUAGGCACGGUUCUGUACAGAUGCUGUUGUUUCUUCAAGCGGAAGAAGAAGAAAAGUGGAAGACAAAAGUGACUGUCUAUUAUCGUCAAUCUUGGGGGGGACAAUACAGUGCGCGUGUAACAGAGAGAAGUGCAGAUGAAAUUUUUCUGAGGGGUGUCGCGCGGCAGUGCGCGAGCAGACCGUGGACAAGAAAAACCUGCAGCCAAUCUGGAACGGGGAGAGGGGGAGGGGGUGAAGAGGAGAGGAGAGGCCGUUACCUUGCUGCGUGCCGGAAGUCGAUUUGCUUCUCAAGAUUCGGUGCUGCACACCAUCGUCACGAUGUCACGCCGUCGUCGUUAUCAAAUUAAAAACCACCACCACACAGCCAUCAUUAUUACUGCUAUUAUUAUUAUUGCUAUUACUAUCAUUAUUAUUACCACGAUUAACUUUGCUCUUCUUCUUUUCCUUCUUACGAUUAUUAUUAUUACGGUUACUAUUAAUAUUAUAUUAUUGUCAUAUUAUUUUAUUAUUUUAUUAUCAUUAUCGUUCAUCGUCAUUUCGUCUAUGGUCAUCGUGUUCAAAAUGAAUCGAACAUCGUUCGUCGAUAUUGUCGAAUAUAUAUAUAUAUAUAUAU